CUGCGUGUCACAUUCCUGUCAGGUUACCUUGAUAACACCACGCAGCUCUGUGUCUCCAACACCGUGUCCGUGGACGCUCUUCCAGCGCUCAAAAUGUGGAGAGCUGCCGCCGUGCGUCGCUGCAAUGACCGCGUCCCGCCGCUAGGGCGCACCUGAAGCCUCCACACAAAUGCCCUCACAUCAUAGCCGAAUGCGUCAAGCACACGGUAACCAGCUAGGGGCAUCUCACCAGCACAAACCCCGCCGCGUUUUCGGCCUAAAGCAACAGGAUACCCAGCAAGAUAAAAGACCGCAUCCCGUUGGCCUGGAAGACGAAGGUCAUUCAGUUCCAUCCAAAGCCAUGGGGUUCACACGCCUUGCUGUGGUGCUGUCUGUCACUAUGAUCCACCUCGUUUCAGGGAUGAGCUUUAUGACUCCUGAGCCUGAUACACCACCAACAUCAACCCCAGAUUCUUACCCACUGGGAGACCUGAUCCAUGCUGCCCUGCAGAGUAAAGAAUACUUAGGACAGGCUUCUGCAGGCACAGGUACCACCACCAACCCGACACAGGCUGUACCUCGACUUGACCAGACCGAGUCUACAGCGACGGCCAUAUCUCCGGGGCUCCUCACCACAGCUUUAAGCUCCUCUUCCGCUGCAGGCCAGACCAGAUCCAGGAAUAUCAUGUCCUCGCUGCCCAUGGAGGAGGAGACCACCACCACUCUGAUCACCACCACCACCAUAACCACCAUGCACAUGCCAGUACAAUGCAAUGCCACUUUGUCUGCAAUGGACGAUGUUGUCGAGUCACCAGAUCCUGCAUCCUCGUCGUCUUUUUCUCCUUUGGAAUGUACCUACAGCAUUACUGUGUAUGCGGGUUAUGGUGUGGAAAUUCAGGUGAGGAAGGCCAACCUCUCUAAGGACGAGUCUCUGACCAUCAUGGGCUACGGAGGUUCAGGACCGGAGCUGUUGGCCAACGAGACUCUGAUGAAAGAGGGCCAGGUGAUUCGCAGUACAACCAACCAGGUGUACAUUCACUAUCGCAGCCUCCGACAGACCAACCAUGGCAUGUUCAGCCUCCACUAUCAAGCCUUCCUGCUCUCCUGCCCGUUCCCUCUGUCCCCUGAGGGCGGCGGAGUGACAGUGACGGACAUCCACCCUGGAGGUCAGGCCCACUUCCACUGUGAUCCAGGUUUCCAGGUUCGUGGCCAUGAGGUGGCAACAUGUGUGAACACAACACAGCCACACUGGAGCACCCCUGAGCCUCAAUGUGUUGCUGUGUCUUGUGGAGGGUGGAUUCGUAAUGCUACUGUGGGACGGAUCCUGUCUCCACCUCCUCCAUCUGUCAGCAACCACAGUAAUGGAAAUAAUCUGAGCUGCCACUGGUUGAUAGAAGCCAAAGAGGGACACAGACUCCACCUACACUUUGAGAGGAUUGCACUGGAUGAAGAUGAUGAUAAGUUAAUUGUGCGCAGUGGAAACAGUUCCCUGUCUCUGCCGCUCUUUGACUCGGACCUGGAUGACGUCCCAGAACGUGGGCUGCUGAGUGAGAGCUCCACUCUGUACCUGGAGCUCACAGCUGACUCCUCCUCCAUCCCUCUGCUGCUGGCGCUGCGAUACGAGGCUUUCGAUGAUGAGCACUGCUGGGAGCCCUACAUGCCUCAUGGAAACUUCAGCAGCAGUGACAUCUCGUAUCAGCUGGGCACCACCGUCACCUUCACCUGCUCUCCGGGCUUCGUCAUGGAACAAGGUUCAGGUACCAUUGAGUGUGUCGACCCCAGCAAUCCUCACUGGAAUGACAGCGAGCCUGUGUGCAGAGCUCUGUGUGGAGGGGAGCUGACUGAGCCCGUUGGCACCAUUCUGUCUCCUGAUUGGCCCCAGAGCUACUCCAAGGGGCUGGACUGUGUGUGGCAGAUCCAUGGCAAUGAGGAGAAACACAUCGAACUGGACGUCCAGAUCUUAAAUAUCCGCCACACUGAUGUGCUGACUGUUUUCGACGGCCGUGAUCUCAUGUCCCACGUGAUCGGCCAGUACCUGGGCUCCAGGGUGCGUUUCCAGGUUCUGUCUGGAGGGUCCGAAGUCACCGUUCAGUUUCAGAGCGAUCCAGAUGAUUCCAGUUUCAUCCUGAGCCAGGGGUUCCUCAUUCAUUAUCGCGAGGUCGAGCCUAACGACACCUGCCCUAGCCUCCCUCAAAUUGAGUUUGGCUGGAUCAGCUCGUCCCACUCAUCCCCUGUGAGAGGCAGCGUGCUGACCUAUCAGUGCCAACCAGGAUAUGAUAUCAGUGGCUCUGACAUCAUCACCUGCCAGUGGGACCUGUCCUGGAGCAGCAGUCCACCGACUUGCGUUAAAGUCCAGCAAUGUCCUGAUCCAGGCGAGGUGGUAAACGGAGCACGCUCAGUGCGCCCUGAGGCCGGUUUUGCAGUCGGGACAGUCGUGUCUUUCUCUUGUAACCAGGGUUAUCAGCUGGAAGGUCCUGGCCAGAUCUCCUGCCAUGGACGAGACACCGGCACCCCCAAAUGGAGUGACCGCAGCCCAAAGUGUGUCUUAAAAUACGACCCAUGCCCAAACCCUGGAGUACCAGAUAACGGUUACCAAACCUUGUACAAGCACAACUACCAGGCCGGAGAAACUCUGCGUUUCUUCUGUUAUGAGGGCUACGAACUCUUCGGUGAGGUCAUUAUCAACUGUGUUCCCGGACAUCCGUCGCAGUGGAACAGCCCGCCGCCUUUUUGUAAAGUGGCAUAUGAGGAGCUUUUGGAUGAUCACAAAUUGGAAGUGUCCCAGUCAUUCGAGCCAUCCCAUCAGAUCCUGAGCGAGAAUAUUGCUCUCUCCAUAAUUCUGCCAGUCAUCCUGGUAAUCCUUCUGAUUGGAGGAAUUUACAUGUACUAUACAAAUAUUUGCAGACUAGAAUGGAAGCCGCUCUUCUGGAAGUCUCUGUCUCAUACACACUCCUACAGCCCUAUCACAGUCGAAUCCGAUUUCAACAACCCUCUUUAUGAAGCAGGGGACACACGGGAGUACGAAGUAUCCAUUUAAAGGAGGAAAAGUUUUGGUGAGAAUUCAAAACUGCGACAAGAUUAAAUUCUUUGGGCAGACAAUUUCCUUGGUAUUAAAAGGCCUCACUCCCCCUUUUUUAUCAUUCAUUUCUUGAUAUCUUUGUGUGUAUCUGGUUUAUCAGUCGUGGAAUUGAUUUAAUUUGGAUUUGUUGCACUGAUGUGGUGAUCUGCCAAAUGUGAGCCCCACAUGAUCCAACUUUCUGUAUCAUUAGGACUGGUGCCUUAUGAAGGGUAAGAAAGUGACAACAAAGAAAGACAUAAGUGUGGGAGAAGAACAGGAGACAGGCAAGGGGUGAAGGGAAAUGGAUUUAUUUAUUCAGUUUGAUCAUCAUGAGGCCAAAAACAUUAGAGAACUUGUCAAUACUUUAUUUGUAAGAAUCAGAAUUUGCAGUCAUGAAGAUAUAAUAAAUGCUGAAUGCUUUUCUUUUAUUUUUAAAGAGGCUCAUAUUACGUUUUUGAAGUGUUACACUAAAAGGGAAGAACAUCUUGAUUUUAAUCAAGAGAAAAACUUUUGAAAUCAACAGUCAUUUCUUCUUCCUUAUUUUUUCUUUCUGUGUGUAACACACACAAACUGAAUGUAAAUAUCUGACUUAAUAUUGACUGAGGUUGAUAUAUAUAUAUAUAUA